UGCAAGCCUGCGGUAAGUUGCAAUGAAUUUUAUUGUAAUUAUCCCAAUCAAAUUAAUUUCAAGUCGAAGAAUUUGAACCCCAAUACCCAACAAAAGCUGGAUUUUCCAUUGCAAAUAGAUAAGGCUGCUGAAGUUUCAGUUGUUCAACCAAUUCGUAUCGAAUUCAAGAAGCCACUGCUCGUAAUUCCCUGCGAGUUAUAAUCCACAGCUCUGCAAUGGUUAGCUAUCCGCAUAUUCAAAUCCGCUUCAGGAAUCCAGUAUUUCUGGUUUCAUCCUUGUUCAACGAUUGCAGCUUCAGAGAAAAUUCAUGGAGCUCCACCCUCACUUUGAAGAAGCAAUUCCAACUCAAAUACUGGGCUCAAACUGUAAACAUAAGAUCUCGAAGAAGCGGAAAAGCCAUGGUGUGCGGUGGGAUUAUGUUUCCAAUCGAUUCAUGGGCGGCGGACGUUGAUUCUCCGGCGAUUGCUUCGCAGCUCUCUGCUUUCUCUCUCUUACCUUAUUUCGGUUUCUUGUAUUUUAUCACCAAAUCAAAAUCUGCCCCAGCCCUCACGCUUUUUGGAUUCUACUUCUUGCUCGCCUUUGUGGCUGCCGCCAUUCCAGCAGGAAUCUAUGCAAAGGUACACUAUGUGAAAUCCUUGGCCAAUGUCGACUGGUUGCACGGUGGAGCCGAGUCACUGCUUAUGUUCACCAACCUAUUCAUAGUGUUGGGCCUCAGGAAGGCUCUUAGGGAAGCUCAACACCAAAGUGUCACUUCUCAAGUCAAAGACGAGGAGCAGUCACCUGUAUAGGUGAUGGAUUUACAGUUUCGUUAUGAUCCAAGAAAGAAUUAGGGUGUAACAGAUUAAAAUUCAACUAGAAUUUUUGUAACUAGUAGUGAUGUGCAGAUUGUCUCACCUUCACAUGCUACCUUGAGCUUCUUUUGCAUUUCUUUGUAUUUAUUUCCUUAUGCCAUUCAUGAAUGCACGUAGGUAGGCAUUUUCACAUAGGGCUGUGUAUCUAAAUGUUCAUUUUCCAGUUUAUAUCAUCUGCUGAAAUUUUGUUAUCAA